AUUGAAACCAAUCAUCGAAGCAAACAUUAACAUUACCCGGAAUGACAGUUUCAGCGAAUAAAUUUUAUGACAUAACAGUAUCGGCUUACGGAAUUAUUGAAAGGUUUUAGGAAAUGGAUUUCAACGAUUUGAGCCACGCGAUGGACCUGUUCUUCAUGGAAUGCCAGAGUGCCCUUGAACCCGGUUUCAUUCAACAAGCUGAAGCAGUUCGUCGAAUGGAUCUAACCGUUUUUACCAACUCCGAUUCGAUGGGUUCGCUCCAUCGCUGUUUGCAAGCGGCUGACCGCGAUCAAUCAGAGCAGGAAAAUGCGGCUCAGCUUAUCGGAGCAACGUUAGACGAACUGGAACAAUCAAUCACCCGAUUGGAGCAGUGCCCCCAUGAAGUGGUUUUACCACGGAUAAGUUUUGCUCCGGGUUGUUUCCAACAGCGACAGUAUCUGGCGGGAAGAGACGAACUCUAUCGAAUGCUGCUGGAAGUAAAUGCACGGAUGAUGGAUCCGGAUCGUGAUUGGCCUCCCGAAGCCGAUAUGCUGAAGGCAAAAAUUAGAGAACAUCAGCGAUGCUAUGAAGAGCAAUUUCCCAUUAUUGGAGUUCUUGCCUGUCACACUGAAACGCUGUCCGCCAUCGAAAAACAGCUGGACGCAGUUGAGGACCGUCUGGCAGCGAACGAAAAGCUGUUUCGAGAUAUUGGACUGCAUGGGGAACGAUGGCUUGGUGAAUUUUGCUCCAAUCUGGUAGACAGCCGCCAGCGGUGUGGGUGGAUCAUGCCCAAGCUGUGAUGGGUGUCUGUAAGUCAAUAGAAAAUUUGUUGUGAUUAAUUUUCCAGGAACCCUUAAAAACAAUUUAGACGAUACCUUGAUCUUUUUUAUAUUUUAGCCUUCCAUGUUUAGCAAGAUGUAUGUUUUAUUUGCAUUGGAACGAGCUAUUUAAAAUGAACAUGGAAAGAUACAGUUCCGUACCAAAUAAAUUUAUUCGACGAACAACAUUAGACGCAAUAAAAAAAUAUUUAUUCU